GAUGUUGGUAAUAGUUGGCGGUUAAACACAAGUUUCAAAACAUUUGUUAGUUCGUUGUAAUUUUCUGUGUACUGAUGCAAGGAUGGGAUCGUGUUUUUGAACGUUUUAUAGAUGUAGAGUUGUUAAUUCGGGAGAGUGAUUUACAACAUUAUUUUUCUUUUGCGUACGAGGUUAUAUUUCUUAGGCAGUGGUUGUGUAUAACGAUUCAAUUUAAAUUUGACAGUGGAGAUAUAUAUACGGUUCGGAGUAUUACACUUUUGGCAUAUUGUCAAUUCUGAUUUACGUAAAUUUUUUAGCGUUGUUUGCAAUAUGAGUUCUUUUGGAACGCCGUUAACUUCAAAAACAAUAAAGUUUGCUAUCCCACCAACACCAAAGUUGGAAACUCUUGGCUACGGCACAGGUGUGAGAGUUUUCGAACUGAACAGGUGUGUUCAAGACGGCACCAAACACUCACCUUGGGCGAUAAAGCGAGUGAACUCUGCAGCAGGAAGCCGGUUGAAAUCGUCGUGCAAAGAACGCAUCGCCAAAGAAGCUAAAAUCCUGAAGAUGCUCGACCACCCGAACAUAGUGGGGUUCCGUGCGUUUGUGCAGGCGGACGAUGGCCGGGAGUGCCUGGCGAUGGAGAAGUGCACCGUGGGCUUGGGGGACUUAAUCCUGGAUCGUAGCGAGCAGGGGCUGGGUCCGUUUCCCGUCAGAGACAUACUCACGGUCGGGUUGUGCGUCUCACGUGCACUGGACUACCUCCACCGGGAGAAGCGUAUACUACAUGGGGACAUCAAGUCUCACAAUGUGCUGGUUAAAGGUGACUUCAAGGAGGUGAAGCUGUGCGACUUUGGCGUGUCGCUGCCGUUGAACGGGUACGGAAACGUGCCGCGGCGCGAGGUGUACAUCGGCACGGAGCUGUGGAGCGCCCCGGAAGUCCUGAGAGGUGACGUGAUCACGGACAAGACCGACAUAUUCCCGUUCGGCCUGGUGCUGUGGGAGAUGAUGACCUUGCGCAUGCCCCACCUUCCCACGGACGACAGCCUGAGCAUGGAUGUCAGCACUGUGCCUUGUGGCCAAGACUCGCCUCGCACCUGUCGCAGUAGCAGUUCCUGCGAUGGCGACAGCAACCUGCUUUGUGGGACGAGACCCCCCCUGGACCGGGAGCUGCUGGGGGAAGAGUACGCCACUGUGGUGGAGGUGUUCGAGAGGUGCACAGAGGAAGACCCCAGCCUGCGACCUUCAGCCGAGGAGCUGGUGCAGUGGCUGCAGCCUCACGCACGCAGCUAGUGGCUUCAGUCUGUUUUCCUUGUCGUCGCGUGGAAGUUCCGAUACUUCUCACUUGCUAGGCUUGCACACUGUAGUAUUCAGAUAAUUAUUUCUUACUUUUUACCUCUUUUUUUUUUAUAGAAACUACUUACGUACUCACUCAAUUACAAUUAUGGGGAAUGGUUAGCAUUUGCAUGAAACUGGAUUUCAAACUUCUAAUACAACGGGCCACCUAUAUAUUUUGUAGCUUGUUGGAUAUGACUAAUAAUCUCUUGAAUGUGCAUGAUGUGUUAAGUGCAUGAGAAUGUAGUCCUUAUUUUUACAUGUUUAUUUGAGAACCUUCUAAAAAAUUAUUGUGGAAAUAUAAAAAAUAAUUAUUUGAACAGCUUGUAUUUUGCCGUAAAAUCAUUGUAAUAUUUUUGUGUGUUUGAAAAUGAUUUGCUUCCGAAACAGUUUUUGAACAUUCGUUGAGCUAUGAACAAUAUGGUGCAGCAAGAAAUAACCGAUAGCCUAUAUGUACACGAGGAUGUAUUCAUUGUUAAAGUUUUAUUCUUUGUUUAAAAUCUAAUAAUUGUUUUAUAUCUAGUUUAUAUCGCAUGUGCAUGUGAAUACAACUAGAAGAUGCUAAAAAUGUGAUUUUCAAUUGCUACAGAUAAAUUACUGUGCUUUGAUAUGAAACCAUCCAUUGCAUCUCAAAGGUGGAAGAACUGUUGAAUGUGUUUACUGUUUGUUCAUGUCUUUCAUUGUUUUUAAGAGUUGCACUUGCAAAAACAAAGCUUGUUUGCCGUUGUAUACUUGUGUAUUUUGAUACUGUUAAUGUGUUUGUGUGGGGUUUUAACGUAAUUUAUUUAUCCAGGAGUUAUUAUUAAUAGAAUUGAAUUGAAACAGGUCGAGAAUGAUUGGGAAACAUACUGUGCAAGGUGGAGAGUCCUGGUGGGGGGCUCAGCUCUGGUGGUGAGGUGUGACUCGAGCAAUGGUGCUGUGUGGUUGAGACAAGGCAAUGAUGUAUUUUUUUGUUAGUUAUUUGCAGGAUUGAAAAAAACCAGGUUUUUUUUUCAUACCAAAUUUUUUUUUUCUGUUAAAACCUUUUUUUUUAUUACAUUAGUUACAUAUUUUGGUUCUCUGCAUGUUCAAAUUAAAGCCAAUUCAACAUCCCGCUUUCUGCCACUCAUGUUGAACCAGAAAAGUUAUAACAUCAAAGAACUGAACUCCAGCAAAUCUGCGCAUCUGACUGGGACUCAACCACAGUAAGGGCAUUUCCCCAUAGGAGGACGAUUCUCCUUCGAAUGGGUGUUGCCCACAGAAUGGGGAUUUAGAGAACAGUCUGGAUUUUCCACAGAAUAGAAUUUUUGUUUUAAAUAAUAAAUUUUUUUACCUCUUUUUUUUACACUUUGACUACAAUUCACUGUCUAAUUUAAUUUUAGAGUAGUAUGUAUUUUUAGCUGGUUAUAAUUUACAAUCUAUUCAGAUAAUUUAAAUGAUAAGAUCUUGAUUAGUAUAUAAUUUUUUGUUCUGUAAAUCACAAGAAACAUUAAUGAGCAAACUAUUGUUAUUAGAGUGAAAUUAGACUUUUCAUUAGAAAUAUUGAGAUAUUCUGUUUAAAAUUACAUUAUUUAAAAAAUAUAUAUAUAUAAAAACCACUUGUUUUAAACAGUGGCUUAAAUCGGCCAACCCUGGUUAUUUGGCAAGAAGAAAAGAUGUGUCCCAUCAAGAGGAAGCACUAUAAAUCACUUUUUGAACAUAUCCCGAGGACUCCGCGGGCUACCCCUCGCAUCUUUGGAUAUAAUUUGCCCGAGAGAGAUAGUGAGACCGUCUCGUCACACAUAGCUGACAUAUAACUUUGCAGGAACUCUAAUGGUAGGUUGGAGAUAACAUCAAUGCGAUCAACUAUGACAUAUUUGAAAGUAAGACAAAUUGUAAAUUUUUAUGCUAUAAGCUUUUGUAGAAAUUUUUUAUAAAGUUGUCUUUCAUUCCUGUAUUGGCAGUACAGUUCCUAGGCACUUUUUGGACAUUAGCAGCCUUUGAAGAAUGUAAAUAGGUAUAUGAGAAUUUGGUGGUUUAGAAGUUCUGCAAUUUAAUUUUUGUGCAGUUUAUGUGGUAUACAAUACAGUGACAUAUGUACAUAAUUGUGCUAACUGAACACUUGAAACUAACCGUAGGGAAAUCAUCCAAUUUUAAUGUAUAAACACAUUUUUUCCAUGAUAAACAUGCAGUUGAGUUUGCAGGGGCUAUGAACAGUAUCAGUUUUAUAUUUAAGUGCCUUAUUAAAAAUGUAAUACAAUGAAAAAUAAUAACUAUGUAAAAAAAAAACAACUAUUGUACUCAUUAAUGAAAGAACUUUGUAUCUACUGAACUAUUAUAAAAUGUAAAACACCUAUGAAUUUGUAAAUAUAUACCUUCUAAAAAUUUUAAUGAGAUUCCUUGUAUUUG